UGCGAAGUGACCGCUCCGAUAAGACUGCCCUGCCCGUCCAACACACUUAUAUCACAAAACAGCAGCAUGCCAGACGGUUUCACUGUAGAUGUGUAGAUUUAGUUCGACAAUACAACAUAUAUACUGUACAUACUGUGCAGAGGAGCUGACAGUCGAGUGAAGGAAAAUGUGGCUGCCUAUGAUUGGGAUGACCACCCUGCCACACUUGGGAGGGCUCUAUGGCGGUUACAUCACACGCAAAGAGGUGAAGACUUGGUACCCAACCCUGGAGAAACCAUCAUGGCGCCCACCAAAUGCUGCAUUCCCAGUAGUGUGGACGUGUCUAUACACAGGCAUGGGGUAUGGCUCCUACCUGGUGUGGAAAGAGCUGGGCGGUUUCACUGAGGAUGCACUGGUUCCACUGGGACUUUAUGGGCUACAGCUAGCUCUGAAUUGGGCCUGGACUCCUAUUUUCUUUGGUGCACACAAGCUGAAAUUGGCCCUCAUGGAGAUUGUACUUCUUACCGGGACUGUUGCAGCCACCAUGGUUUCUUGGUAUCCCAUUAGCCGCACUGCCACUCUGCUCAUGGCGCCCUACCUGUCCUGGCUGUGCCUUGCCACCUCUCUCAACUACUGCAUCUGGAGAGACAACAGUGAAGAAAAAGAAGAGUAGAGUAGUAGAGUUCUGUGUUCUUUUGAAAGACUACUUAAAUUUGGAAUCAUUACAAAUUUGAACAUUUUAAAAUUAUUUUUCUUUCUAUGAAAUUCCAGUGGAGUUUCACAACUUAGUCCAACUGAUCUUGGAGGAUUGAUAAUAUAAUAUGAGCUCAAAGACCAAUCAAUAUCUGCAUAUAUGAUGGCCAAUGUUCAAAAGUUGUUUGAAAAAAAUCAUGAUGAAGCCAGUUAGAAGUCUUUGUAAAAAAUAUCCAACUUUUAAAAGCUGCUGAAAAAUACCAAUAUAUCAUAAAGAAUUUGUCAAUAUUCAAGACAAAAAUGCAACAUUGAUCAAGCAACUGGAUUAAAUUUAAGUAAGACAGAUUUUUUAAAAUAAAGUCUUGAGUUUUUUAAGUUAUGUAAAACUGAAUUCAUUCUUUUUUUUCCUGAAAACUGGGCCAUGUGUACAUUUAUGAUAAAGAAAGUCUUGUGUUGAAAUUAUUGCUGAUUCUAUUAAAAUAAAAGAUUUCUGUCCAA